AUGGUGCUGUACAAAAGGAAGCCUGUUACGCUGCCCGAUCCGGAAGUACUGCCUGCAGAUCUCAACAUUGAAGUCUGGCACAUCGACGAGACGGGGGAGUGGUUUGCAUCGUACGAGAAGUACCUGGAAAGACUCGAUUUUUACUCUAGACAUCAUUUCACUUGCGAGAUCACUGGAACAUCGUGCUUGACCUUUUUCGAAGCACUGGACAGCGAAGAGACUCAAUUCAGACUCGUGGAGGAGAAGUUUCCUUUGAAAUUGAGAGAGCCCGUGGCACGGUUUUUACAUUUUAAUGGGAUCAAGAGACUAGAUGCUCUGGUUGAGACCACUUAUGUGAGAUUCAAGAACGAUUUCUUUCCCGGCGAAGUGGUUUACCUGCGGAAGGGCAACAAAGAAGUAUCUGCCCCGUCCUCAAAUCACUCCACCCCGCAACCUGACGAGAGCUUUUUCAAAGGUCACAAAGAGACUGCAACUGAAGCCCCUCAACCGCAGUACCAAAGACCCUAUAUUAUCAAAGAAAAGGCGCAGUUCAAUGCGACUACCGAUUCUGUUACGGGAGAAAUUAUCGUACCAGCUUAUUCUAAGUAUAUGCUAACUGAAGGGAGUCACGGUAAUAAAUCGCUGAUAGCAGACCAGUCUCAGAUUUACAGAGACAGGUCAACUUUCACUAAGCAUUUGAUCAAAUGUUUCUGCAAAAUUACUCUGAGGCGAGCUUCAUCCAAAAUGGGGGCCCCAUGGGCCGUGAAAGAUGAAUAUCUACCUAUGUAUGGCCUGACGAUGGACUGGCCUCCUGAGAUGCUAAAGUAUAAAGAAGAUGAGAUACCGAAUGAGAAGGGCAGAAAGCAAAGGUCAAUAGAAGACACAGAUGAAAACGAGCAUGAAUCGGGAACUGCGGAUAGAGAGAAUACAGACGACUUGGAUAUAGAAGAAUUAGGUAGCGUCUCAUCGAAGAGACGAAAAGUGGGGGAAGACAUACGGGAAAAUCACGCAAUGGCGGACGCUUCUGCUACCGGCAGCAUCACUAGCAUAUUGGAAGAUUUAUGUUUGCCAUACCAAGGACCACCAAAGCUCUUUCCGAGCGUUUUUCAGUAUAACCAGUACCUAGAGCUAAUUCAGCUGGAAAACAAUAUUCCCUUCAGACCUUUUCAGUCGAUGGGAAAGCUUCUGCAAGUUUUUCAGUUUCUUAGCAGUUUUGGUCCUACUCUUCUGUUGUCACAUUUCACUCUUGACCAGUUUCUUACGACUUUGAAAUGUACCGAUCCCCAAGAGCUGAAAGGCGAAGCUGUACAUGUGGAACUGGACGCUGAUGGCGAAAAAUCUGAGAAGAAGAAGCAGCAGAGUGACUGGGAAAGAAGUUGGCCUAUACGAGCAACAAUUAGAAAUAUGAGCACGCCAAUAAUUCACUAUACCAUUGUCAAGGAUGAGCCAGCCAGUGAAGGGGUGAUAGACGACGUCAACAAUAAUGGUUCGGGAUUAUUAAUUGAAAUUUUUUGUGCACUUCUUCGUAUGUUCGUGGAUGAGAGUGGAGAUUGGUCAUUUUCUUUACCUGAAGAUUGGUUGCAAGAAGAUAUCCAAAAGACUAAUCAAAUGCCAAGCGAAAAUGAGUCUCAGGAGUUGUCCAGCAGUACUGAUGAUCAGGCAAACUCUCUGGAAUUAGCUUUGGAGAAAUGUUUAGAUUACCGUAAUGUGAAUUGGGCUGAGCGCCUUUCUAAAAGGCAGUUUAAUAACGGACACUGGCUCGUUAUUCUUUUAGGAAUAUUAACGGAAUGCGUACACAUCCCUCUGUACAAGGAGCUAAUAGACGAUUUCAACCAAAAAGUCAUACCGGAAAAUAUAUCAUCAACACAACUUCCGAAACAACUUUGGCGAAAUUUCUGUUCAAAUCUAUCAUUUAAGGAAAAAGUAGACGUUAUAUGGAUCCUGGUGGAUGUACUUACAAAUUACUCGCCUGAUAUCAAAACAGCAGUUGACAGCUCGCUGGAAUUGUGUGGACUGAUACGAAGCGAGCGAUUCCGGGUUGGCAAAGAUCUGAAAUCGGAGGCUCUGGUACUUAACCAAUUGCGGGUCAAUUUGCAGACGGCGGAAGAUGCUAAUCAGGAAGAGGUAAUCUUGGAGCAGCUAAGAAAUACUGUGGCACAGCAGGAAAGCAGACUUGCUGAUUUACAGAAUGACAAGAUGUUUCUAGACCAAAAGGUUAUGGAGCAUGAUAUCCAGAGGUUACGACCGCUAGGACUGGACAGAUAUUGCAAUCGAUACUACUGGCUGGAUCUCAGCGGCGUGCCAAGUGGUGACCCCUCGGCAUCUAUCAAUGGUGAAGACACGAGAAAUAUACGAUAUCAUUCUGGAAGAUUGUGGAUACAGGGGCCUACCAGGGAAGCAGUAAAGUUUCAUCUCAGGAUAUCCGACGAUGAAUUGGACAAAUGGCUGAACUUGGCCAAAGAGGCGGGCAAGGAGAGGGCCACCGAAGAAGUUUUCCACAUUUCGAUGAAAGAUGACGGCUCUUACAUAUACAGUGAAAAAGGUAGUGAAACUCAAUUAGUCGAUAAAGAUGGUCUCGCUAAUACUCUAAUUGACCUCAUGCCGAUUCAGAAAAAGGUAAUCGAUGAGACACCAAAGUGUCUUCUCCUUUCCGACACUGAGUGGUACUCAGUAGAUCGGGUGGAAGAUCUCCGGCGCCUUGGCGACUGGUUGGAUACGUGGGGCCGCCGUGAACACGAUCUCCUCAGACAGCUCGGGACCCUCGAGAAAGAGGUACAAGAAGCCUAUAAAGUACGGGAAGAACAGAUCUCCUUCUACCAGUAUGAUGAGGUGGAAAGUAAACUUUUCCGAGAGUUCGAAGAGAGCAAACUGUCGGAAUCAGAGUUAAAAUAUUUGUCAGAGAGAAACGAGAGUGCUCAGGAAAAUAAUGAACUGGAUGAAGAAUCCGCGUUGAAAGAUGAGGAGGAACUGGAAACCAUCGCGGACGAAAUCAUGAAAUUAGACGACUGCUCCCAGACGAGGCAGAUAGCCGACAAGGUAAAGGAAUUGGAGGAGCGUAGAGAUCUGUUACUCGAGCGGAGGCAGCUGACAGAGAAUGAACCUGGGCCAGGCUCAAGAGUGCAAGCUCGCACCGAAAGGAAACGUCUCAACAAUGUACUCGAUCUGAAGCUUGCCAGACAGGCCAGAAUAUUGACCGAUUUGCUUAACCACAGACAUUUCAACGCAAUAGAGAAUGUAGUACAGUGGAAAAACGACCUGGCCAUACGAUACUAUGGCACCUCACUGCGCAAGAACGCCGCUGGCAGCACAAAAGAGCCUAUUGCUGAUUCUGUCGACGAAAAGCUGAAACAGAUCAUCAGUCAGACCUCAAGGACAACGACGGCUGCUGUCGCCAACUGA